GGAGACAGUUACAACAACAACAAGAAAAACAGCUGAUUGUUAAAAUGCCGUCGUCGAAUAGAAGAUAUUUUGUUGGUUCGAAAAACACAAUCCUAUGGGAAGGCGAAGGAGUAUCUAAAGAUAGACAUGAACCAGACAAAAACUUUUAUGAAGGGUUUACGAUGAAUGGAACGCUCUUUCGCAGAAAUGAUUUUGUGUUUGUGUCAAAUGAUAUGACCUCCAAAGCCACCCAUAUCUACAAACUGCUGGAUGUUUUUGAUACUGGUAAAGGAAAGCAUGCUCAGGUCAGGUACUAUAUAACCAAGGAUUUGAUCCAGAAACCUGCCAUAUCCAUACUGUCGUCUAGAGGUUACACCUGUCACCCCCAGGAGGUCUUCCUCAGUACUGACCCCAGGGAUAACAACGUUAUAGAGCUGUCACAGAUCAAAGGCAAAUGCCAGGUAGAGGAAGUAAAACAGAUACCAGCACAGUCGCCAAGCAGCCGUAAACCGCGAGUGCCAGUAUUCUAUGCUACUAUGAGUUACGAUGGACGUAAAUUUUCACCAAUUUUUGAUGACAACAAAGAAAACACUUACAGGAGCAGCAGUGCUUCAUCCAGACGGAAAAACUUAAAUAUGGAGGGCACUGUUGAUUCCCCUAUAAAGAUUACUGACAGCGUUCCUUUGGCUUUAAGCCCAAAAGUAUCUCUUAACCAAGUAGAUCUCACCAGUCCUAAAGUCAAGGGAAAAAAUUUCUCCUUUUUGAAGGGUGCAGAUGUCACAAAAAUGAUAGAAGAUGAUGCAUUGUCUCUAAUAUCAGACUGCUCCACAAGCACCGAUCAUAGCACGGCAACAAAUUCAAGUCUAGGUUCACGUCGUAGCAGAAGAAAUACUCCUGUAAGAGAGGUAAAUACUCCUGUCAGAGAUGUUGCACCAAGUUCAGUUUCUAAAUUAAUUGUAAAAGGUUUAACAAGUUCACCUAGUCGUACACCUGACAGACAGGCUAAAAAGUUUAUUGUAAAAGGACAAUCAAACACGCCAAAUAAAAGUAAAGUUUCUGAUAAAGUUGACAUGCCAAGUAAAGAAAGUACUGCAAGUAAAUCAUCAGGAAAUGCUACAAGUGAUGAUGAAACUAAUAAAAGAAAAUCUGUAAAAAAUGAAGUUUUUUCUCCUAAGAGAUUAAAACUCGAUUCACCUAGGACAACUAGAUCCGCCAAAAAAGCAGAAUCUGAUAGCUCAAAAAGCACACCAAAAUCUGUGAAGUCAGAAUCUGUGGAGUACUUAGAAAAAAGGUCAAUGACAGAGCCAAGACGGAAAAGUUUAGCAGCGUGUGAGGACUUGACACAGAAAGAACCUCCAAAAACUGAAGGAAAGGUUCGAAGAGUACAGAGUGUAAGAAUUAAAAGACUAGGAAGUGUGUAUCAGUCUUUCAGAAGUAGGACCCCAGAUAGUGAGGGGAGGGUGGUACGGGCACGACUUACUGACAAAUUUAUGGAAAAAAAGGUUGGAGAAGACUUGAGAAAAUCUGGCCGAGGGGUUUUCACUGAGAUGACAAAUAUCAAGUCUCCAAAAGUGAGAGCAGCUAAAUCAAGACCUAUGAGCUAUGUAGAAAGCCUGAGUGAUGCUUUUGACUCGGAAGAUGAUGAAGCGUUAACAGGGUCUAAGUCUGCUAGAAAAUCUACAGGCAAAAGAUCUGCUCGCUCUACCGCAAGAGGUAAGAAAACAUCAGUUGAUGAUGAUUACAAGGCAGACAAUGAUUUUAUGGACGGUGAUGAUGAUGAUGAUGAUGAUGUCUUUGCUGAUACUAAAACUCAUUUGAAGCGUAAAUCUGCUCAGAGUCGGAAGAGUUCAACAGCAACACCCAAAGGAAAGAGAACUCCAAAGGCAAAGGUUUCAGUGCUUGAUGCUGCCUCAGCAACAGUGCCAAGUAGACAGCGGCCUCUCAUGUCCCCCAAUAGUGUUCUAGAGGAAGCAAGAGCCAGGUUGCAUGUGUCCGCGGUUCCGGAUACCUUACCAUGUAGAGAGAAUGAGUUUGAUGAUAUAUACAGAUUUGUUGAGGGUAAAGUUAUAGAUGGGACUGGAGGUUGUAUGUACAUAUCUGGUGUACCAGGGACAGGAAAGACGGCGACUGUUCAUGAGGUGAUACGAUCUCUCACACAGGGGUAUGAAGACGGGGAAUUGCCAUCAUUUAAAUACUUAGAGGUCAAUGGCAUGAAACUAACAGAGCCUCGACAAGCUUACGUAGAAAUACUGAAGCAACUUACAGGUCAAAAGGCAACACCAGAUCAUGCUGCUGAUCUGUUAAACAGAAGAUUCUGUGGUACCAGUUCACGGGAGACUGUUGUUUUACUCGUGGAUGAGUUGGACCUUCUCUGGACAAGAAAACAAGAUGUGAUGUAUAACGUGUUUGACUGGCCGAGUAAACAACAUGCAAGGUUAAUCGUGUUAGCUGUAGCGAAUACAAUGGAUUUACCAGAAAGGAUCAUGAUGAAACGAGUCUCAAGUAGACUGGGUUUAACUAGAAUGACGUUCCAGCCGUACACGUUCAAGCAGCUUCAGACAAUUGUACUCUCCAGAAUGAGAGGAUUGGAAGCUUUUGAUGAGGAUGCCAUUCAGUUAGCUGCUAGAAAGGUCGCAGCUUUGUCCGGGGAUGCCCGCAGAGCAUUGGACAUUUGUCGUAGAGCGACAGAAAUUGCUGAACUUAUAUCUCAGAGACAGAAGAAAAAUGUUCUAGUCGGGAUGACCCAGGUUGACGCUGCUCUACAGGAAAUGUUCUCCUCUCCAAAAAUUGUUGCUAUCAGAAAUGCCUCUGAUCAAGAGAAAACAUUUUUGAGAGCAGUGGUGGCAGAAUUUCAGAGGUUAGGAUUGGAGGAAGCUGAUUUCUCUAAAGUGUAUAAUCAACAUAUAUCACUGUGUAGACUGGAAGGUAUGCAGCCCCCGUCAACAGGUGAGCUGGCUGGUAUAUGUUCACGAUUGGGAAGUAUACGUCUGCUUUUAACAGAACAUUCGCGUCAUGACCUCAAUAUGAGAGUGAGGCUCAAUGUCUCGCAGGAUGACAUCAUUUAUGCUCUUAGAGACCAAAAGAAUAUAUGAACACCUCAACAGUAUCCGAGUGCUUUCAUAAAAAUAGUAGUAAAAACAGAGGGUAUGCCAUACGAACAGUUAGAAAUGGAGGGAAGUGACCAACUGUGAGUUGAAAAUAGAGGGAGUUGGAUAUAUGAGCUCUUCUAUUCAAAUGUGCAAUAAUGGAAGAGAACUGACAUGGUGCAUGAAGAACAGUGGACAAUUAGACGGUAGAUGUUUUAACUGUUUACUUAGAACGAAGCAACAUGUUGGCAGAUGAAAGUAAAACUGGUGAUUCCAUAGAGUCAGGAAUGUGACUUUUGUUGUAUUAAGUGGUGUUAUUUCUUUUAUACUGAUAAAAAACAUGAAGAAUGAUGUAACAUCUAGAUAACAUGCAUCAUGAUUAGUAUCAAAUAUAUUCAUAGGAUGUGCAGUUGAGGUAGUGAUUUUGGGACUUGAAUGGAGUUGGAAAUUCUGAUGCAAAAAUAUUUCAGUGCUACUGAAUUAGGAUUUUUAUUUUUCAGUCCCAUGAAGUGGACAUCUUGAUUUAAUGACGUUAUGGUCAGUUGUCAACAUUAUUCCUCACAAACAAAAUUUCUUUUGAUGCAAUCAGAUAUAGCAAUACAAGUUCCAAGAUUCCUUGUAGAAAGUUUUCACUGCUUACGCAGAACUUGUAGCUUGGUUAUUAGGCCAAAAUAAAAAAUGUGUGGUUCAGGGAACCCGACUGACCCUAAUUUUACCCACCGACCCUAACAAUAUUUUUCCGAUUUUUUGGGUACGAAUAUUUUUUAGUACAAAACAAUUAUGAUACCAAAGUCAUAAAAAUUGACCGCUGUCUUCACUCCCGCGUCAAUUCUCGCUACCAGUUUCCCGGGUGAACUCGAGAGUUUGACGAACCUCCGAUGGAUGAGAAUGUCCUGCAUUUCGAUUUGUAAAUUUAUACAAAGCCGUACUUUGGAGGCAGUAAACAGUUUUCAGCUGUUAGUGUCGAAUUGGCCAGGGUCAGAUUUACAAAUAAGAGGCAAUUUACGGAUUGAAGUGCAUAUUUGAACUUUAAAAUAAUAAUAACUGCUAGAAGUUUCAGUGGCUAGAAUUGAGUUUCACUUAUUUAAAGAAAAUUAGUUCUUGAUCUUGAAAUUAUGACGUAAUGACUUGCAGAUGCGAAUACAUGCCUCUGCUGAGCUAGCUUAAAGUGGAGUUGUCAUUUUAGCAGGGGCCUCGGGGAAAACUGGAAUAGUGGAAUACCGGUAUGGAUGGCACAUAUAUUUGAGCUUAUUUUCAGAUUUUACAGUGUUACUGGAGUAUGAAACCGUGUAGCAGUUGGGGCUAUCAUUUGCAGGGAAUUUUCUACAGCGAUUUGAAAAUUGGUAAAUUUAUUUUUUUUCGUCAUCAGUUUACGCGAUGGGGAGAGCACAAAAUUCAGGUCUUGUAAGCAGAAAACUAGAUAUUAGAGAUGUACUGCAGAUGGUUUGUAACGAUAGUCAUACAGUCAUGUUAAUGUUGCAAUAUCUUUAUUUCAGGUGGGUGGUUACAGACUUUUUUUAUGAGGUUUUGAAAGUUGGGUAGGCGACUAGGUCGAGAAGCUCUGAAAACUGUUUACUGCCUCCUUUUUUCCGAUGAAAAGUCGCCGCCAACUUGAAAAUUGAAAACAUACAUCAGUAUGAAAAUAACCGAUAAUUUAACGAAAAAGUUAUAAAAACUUACCGAGUUUUCAAUGAAUCAAUUAUAAAUGCAAGGCCCUAGUUAUUGUUUCAUAAAUAAUUUGUCAAAAUGAUUUUAUAAGGCCAAAACUUGAGUUGAAAAUGCCUGGCCGCAAACAUCACUAUACGCCGAAAUUUCGAGUUGAAAUUUACACAAAAUAGGUUUGUUCAAAUUACAUGUGUUUUGUUUAUUUUGCAUUUUGUGGUUAUAUUUGUCUAACAUUGAAUUAAGAUAAUAAAAAGGAAGAGAAUGAAGUUUAAAUUACCAAAAUACAGAGUUACAAACAACGGACAGCACCGCUUGCGGGCACCUGUUAUUACUCAGAAUUCAGAUAACAUCUUUUUGGAUAUGAACAUUCAAGCAUACUUUCUCCUGAUAUGUUUGAAGUUUAUCUAGCUUUUAAUUUUCAAUUUGUUGUUAAAAGGUGAAAUGUUAUUCAAUUAUCGCCUUCUGUAGCACAGUGGAAUAUCCUGGUGACUUCUGUCAGCAGAUAAAACUAAGAUGAUAAAUGUAUUAAGUCGGACUGUCUGGAACUUGGAAGUAUUACUGUACUAUCCUCGUCAAUGUAAAGAAUGGUAUUGUUGUUGAACUCUUGGGAUGCAGCAUAAAUUGCUGGGAAAAAUUGUUGAAAACGAUUGACUCAACUUCUUCAAGACUUACAGUAAUUGAAACAUUCAACUUUAUUUUAUUUAUUCAAGUGCUUCCACUAGGUGGAUUGAGUAGCCUAGGAAAUCUGACAGUCUUUUACUUUCUCUACCCUCCCCCACUCACCCCCCUACCCCUAUGCAAUGCCAUAAUGUAUCACCAUUACUAUAAAUGAUGAUGAAGUGCAACAUAUUUUAUUUGUGUAAGAUGACUUUCUCUUCCAAUCAUCAUAUUCUUGCUUAAUUCUCUGAUUGUUAAUAAAAAUCUGUUUAAGGACAAUCCAAUUCACUGAAUGUUAAUAAAAAUUUGUUUAAGGACAAUCUUAUUCAUCAUUUAUUUUUUAUUUAAUUCAACAAAGCAAGCAUAGGAGAAAGGAAUAUACAUGCUACAUGGUUUAAAUAGUACAAUCUUUCAGUUAAGCAGGUAAAGAAGCACACAUGAAAAUGAGAUGAUUUCAGAAAACCGACCUGAACCACAUAUUUUUUUUUUAUUUUGGGCUUAUCCUUAUCUAUCCAUCUGUAGACUUUUCUUGGAUUUUUGUCAUUAAAUGUUUUAAUAUGGCUUGCAUAUGUAGUUUGAAAGUCUAGUCAACAUAAUGAUAUGCCUAAGUUCUAAAAAAAAAAUCAGUGAUGGAACUGUGUUGUGUUUGCUGGUUGUAGAUAUUUAGAGACUAAAAUAAAAAUUGUCUGGUCAAUGUCUUUAACUGAAACUGAAAUGACAAGACAUUUUAAUGUCCUCAUUUUGUAAUAAGUAUCAUUCCUUGGGAUUGCACGAAUCCUUUUGUGGGCAAGAUCUAAUGGUUGAGUCCAGCAAUUUGUUAAUAUUAGAUUGAUGGAAGACACAUAGAGCUGUCCUCUCCAAUUUGUAAUGUCUUCCCAUUCGGCUUGUAUUUUGCACAGGUAGGAAUCUUUCAUAGAACCUGCCUGGCACACUUGUAUUUAUUUUUUUUAAUUGUAUAUUUACAUUCAUUACAUCAACUUUAUUUUAUUAUACAUUAAAAUGGAAUAAACUUUUAUAUGUUUUAAA